AUGUUCAAAGCUCUCCCCAAGUCCCGCGUUCCACGCCAAAUCGCCCUUCUUAACCGCAUUUCUUCGGGACCUGCUGCUGUCAAUCUUCCUACUAAAGUUUCUUCUAUCGCUCUUUCUUUCAAGUUCCAAAACUCCAACGGCCACAUGGGCGCUCGCCGUUUCUGGCAGCUUUACCUUCCUCAAGUUCAGUUCAACAACCCCCAGGUCCCCAUUUCCAUCAACCGUUUUUGGGCAAACAACCGCGAGGAACACGCAAAUAUUCCAGCUACUCUUACAAUCACUUUUGCCGACGGUUCCUCAAAGGCUAUCCCCGUUCAGCACAAACAUUCUGACGAAAUCCUUAAGGAAUUUAUCGAGGCUGCAGGUGCAACCCCUAUCCCUAUUGAACAACAAGUUAUUAUCAAAAAGUCCGACGAAUCUGACAAGUACACUGCCGCCCGAUAA